AUGAGACGAAAGAGAUCCAAGAAUUCUAUUAUUAUUAUUAUUACAGUUGCCGUUAUAUGUUUGGAGUAUAUUUCACAAUAUUAUAGUACACAAGGACAAACGGGAGUUCAAUUAGGACAUCUUCAUAAUUAUGAUCAACUAUUGAAGAGUAAUGGAGUAUUGGAUACUUAUUUUCGAAGAAUCGAACAGUUUUUGAAGAAAACAAAUGUUUCUUAUUUCUCUUAUGAACAAAUGAAAACAGCUGAUGAGAAUUUGCUGCGAGAAGUGAAGAAAAAAGUUGCUCAUCUUCGUGAAGUUCAACAUGAGGAAUUAUUGAAUAUAAAAAAUGGACAAGAAAUACAACAUGGAUGUCAACAAUCAUGCUGUUGGUCUCAAAGGAAGAUGUUUAGUUUCUACAAUGGAGAAAAAAAUCGUUUUCCGACAGUUCUCGAUCGAUUAAGUAAUAUAGAUUUUAAAUUAUUAGCAGAUUUAUAUUAUGGAAAAUACAUAAUACCUGAUGGGAUUAAGUUAUCUAGAUUAACCGAUGAUAUUUUACCAUGUUUACAAAAUAAUACAAUCAUUUUUGUUGAUACAAAGGAUUUGAGACGGUUUUUUAGACUUUUUCACAAUAAAAUAUCUGUUAAUUAUAUUUUAAUCUCGGGUGAUUCAGAUGUUUCGUGUCCUGUUAAUUUAAUUGGUACUCAUUCUCGUUUACUUGAUCAAAUCUUUGAUGGAGAAACUCAUAUUUUACAUUGGUUUGCCAUGAACUGCGAUUUAGGAACUAAUGAACAAUGGAAAAAAUCAAAAAUCUUCUCUUGUCUUCCACAAGGUAUUGAUCAAUGGUGGAGUCAACGUUAUUAUAUGCAGUUAGCACAAGGAAGGGAUGAUUCAAUUUAUAAUAAAUUUCUAAAAACAAAUGAUUACUGGAUUUUAACUUCAUUCGAUAUCGAUCAUGGAACAAACUAUCGUAAAUCUUUGUGGAAUUUAUCUUGUAAUGGUCGUUUAAAAAAUAUUUCGAAAUGUUUUUAUCAAUUACAUUCAAUUGAUGUGUGGAGAUAUCAUAUCCAUGUAGCUCGAAGUAAAUUUGUUUUUUCGCCACCUGGCUAUGGAAUUGAUUGCUAUCGGACAUGGGAAGCUCUUUAUCUUGGUUCAAUUCCUAUUAUUAUUAAUUCACCAAUAAAUUCAAUUUUCGAUAAACUUCCAGUCUUAAUUGUAAAUAAUUAUGAAGAGAUUAAUUUACAAUUAUUAAAAUCUACUUAUGAAAACAUGACACGACAAACUUAUGAUUAUACGCGAUUGUAUAAAGGAUAUUGGCAAAGGCAAAUAAACUUAUUUCGAAAUUCUUCAGAAAUGAUUCAAUAUCAUUAUACAGUCGAAGCCGCUUAUAAGAGCUCCGGAUAA